AUGUACUUUUCCUUAAAGAGAAUCAUAACCCUGCGCAAAUUUAGACUAAAAUUGGCUUGUAGUGUUUGCUCUGACAAAACGUUUAUCAUCUGCGGCGACUUCAACGCACCACCACCUCUCUUUGGUAUUGAUCAUCACUUAUCUUCGUUAUUAGAAUCUUUCUAUCUCACUCAACACGUCAGCUCCUCUACACAUGUACAUGGCAAUUCGUUGGACCUCGUAAUCACUCAUACCAACAACAACGUUGUAGAUAACCUAACUGUCAAUGAUUGCGUUUUUUCAGAUCACAACAUUGUGUGCUUCAACAUUGUGCUCUUCAAACCACCAUCGACAAUCAUCCAUAGCUGCCGUCGCAGCUUUCGUCGUUUAAAUUACACGUCAUUCGAAAAUGGUGUAAACAGAACAUUUGAUGAUUUGCUCUCACAAGAUUUGGAGCGUUACUCGUUUCGUGAGAGCUCCCACCCUCGUUGUUCUUUAUCCCAAGAAGCAAUAGCUGUUAAAAGAAAUUGUCGUCGUAUGGAGCGUCACUACAAACAUGACAAAUCAGUGCUCAACUUCGUCAACUACAAAAAUGCUAAACGUGUUGCUCGUGAUGCUAUUAUGAGGUCUUGGAUCGAUUCUAUUAAGAACACUCUCUACAACUGCCUCAACUCCCGUGAUCUCUGA